GUAAAUUUAGCCUGACUUAGAUGACUCACGAUCAUUUCCUUAAUCUUGGCCUGCGCCAAUUCGCAAAGAAAUGAGGUUAACCUAGUGCAAUUUUCACAGGAUAGAAUGAUUGUUAUCCAAUUAAACCUUGGUGCAAGUUCUUAUCGGGCAGAAUUUUCAGUCAUGUCGCCUUUUUGGUCACGCUAUGCCUACUUUUGAGGCUAAGUUAUCCCUGCCCUUUGUCCAGACGUUUAGCUACCUAUACCUAAAACUCGCAACAUAUAUUACUAUUUAUCAUCUGGUCAUUUCAUUGCUUCUUACUAAUAGUCUAAGAUUAACGCAAGAAGCCUUUUUCAUGAAGGAAGCCGUGAUGGAGAAAUGCUUAAAGAUUGAACAAGAUAGUGCUCUGAAACAAUUCUCACGUCAGCUAGAGUAUGUGAAAAAGAAUGGAUUGUCAGAAUGAAGGUGUGUUUGUCCCCAAACUACACCUGUCCCCUCGUGUCGAGCAACUCAUUGGUGGGGCAAAGUCUAUGAUUCUCCCAACAGUGCCACCAGGCACCUGUCUGGUUGAUUAUGUGGAACGAAUUUUGGAGUUGCUAGAACAGAGGGUCAAACGAUUUAUACUCUGCUUUGAAACAAGAAAGCAGUUUAUUGCUCAGGUGCUGUGCCAGUUUGGCUGUGCUGUGAUAGAAUACGAUGCUAAAAAGUUCACAAAGAUUGUUCUGCUGUGUGAACUGAAUGAUUUUCACUUUCUAAUCUUUAUCACCCUGGAUGCCUUUUUCCCUCAGCAGCAAGCCCCCAAAGUGGUCUUACAAUCCUUAUACCAUCACAAUGCAAGAGGUCCUUUCACAAUGGAACUGAAGGACCUGCCUUUUAACUCCCAGUGGAACACAGAAGAAAUGGUCGUGAAGAUGAAACAAGGUGUCCUCUCUAAAAUUAGUUCUUUUCAAACGACAUCCAUUAGAAAUUUCUCCUGAUAGGAGAUUCCUCCUUAACCUUCCUAGUUUUCAUGUGAUCAAGAAAAGCCAUGUCAAGGUAAGAGAAUCAACAGCUGCCUUUCCUACUGUUACAACAAAUAUAAUUGUACUGUGGAGUCUUUGUAAAUUCUUUGUAUCACUUUUCUACUCCUGUAGGUACUUUUUUAUUUGGUUGUUUACUUUAAACAUUUGAACACGAUCUUAUGAGAUAGUUGGCUGUAAUGAUGUAUGAUUAGUUUUGAUACAUAUCAGUAGUUUAUAAAAGAAUUUAUGUGAGGCUGUGCAUGAUCCUUAUUCUACACUGUAAUAAGAUGUGAUCUGGGGAUAGAAUUUUCAACUGCCUUAAUAGAAUGACAAUGCUUUUAUUCAAAUAGCAAUAGUAUUGUGUCAAAGAUUUUUUAUGUGCUUAUGCUGUAUUGUAUGAAUAUAUUUUAUUUUUCUGGUACUUAAUGAAUAUCUGUUUGGUGGUUUUACAGUACUUUUACCAAAUCAUUUUCAGUUAGGAAUUAUAUUUAGCAGGUUGCACAUCGAUGUAUAGAAUGACUUAACAGUAAUACUCAUCAGGCACUACAGGUACACAAUCCUUUAUCCGAAAUCCUUGGAGCCAGAUGUUUUUCAGUUCUUGGGAUUUUUCGGAUUUCGGAACUGUGGGGUCAGGAGCAUAAUCAAGCGUUGCUACUUCAGCAAAAGCAUUUUUUUUUUUUCCUUUUUUUAUGGUUUUUUAUUAUAGUUAUUUAUUGUAUUAUAUACAUGAUCAAUAAUAAAACAGUGGGAAAAUUAAGACCAUAUGUUCACUGAUACCUAUUAUUUACCAUGAUUGAUUAUUUGACUGGUGAUGGCAAAAAUUACUCAAUAAUUUACUUUAUAUAAUUGUUUCUUCUUGAAAACAAGAAUUUAACAAUUUUAACUUUAAUAUAGUGGUAUGGAAAUGCCCACAGAAUGUGUUGUAGUGAUCAAAUGUACGACUGCAAACUACGACACACCGUGAGAUUUUUCAUACAACUAUAUUAUUAAAGUUGAAAUUACGUAUUGUUAAAUUCUUGAUUUUAAGAACAAAU